AAUCCAGUGACUGCAUCGGGUUUUCCUUAGCGCGUGACCAAAACACAGAGAGAGAGAGAGAGCUCUCACACUCUCUCAGAGAGAAAGCCUUUCUCUCACUCACGAAGGAGUUUCCCCAUCAUCAUCAUCAUCAUCAUGAUGAACAUAAAUGCGACGUCGUGUGCCAGUUGAGAAUUGCAUUUACCUUCAGUUCUGUUUCAGUUUCGAGUCCGUGCAGUCGUGUUGGCCGGAGUGAAAAGCGCUGGGGAAAAUUUGCAAAACAAAAUAUUACAAAAAAAAAGAAAAAGAAAAAGAAAAACAGAGCAGAGGAAAUAGAAAUAGAGAAAAGUAAAUAAGCAAACAAGUGCAGUUUUGUUGGGAGAGAAGUGUGUGUAGUAGCACUGAAAGGGAGAUUAAUCCCUCGGACCUAGCAUAGAUACCUACAUUUUUGGUUGUUCCAAAGAAGAGGAAAACAAAAAGCAAGGAGUGUUGCAAAAGUUGAGAACUUCCGAACUAUCCACAACCAUGUCGACGUUACCCUUUCUUUUGAGUGUCGCCGACGAGCUGGACAACAUACACUCGCAGUCCUACAUGGAUGACUUUGGCCUGGGCUUCCAUCCACAUCGGCAAUACUAUCGCACACCCACCAUCCAGUUGUCUCUGCCCGCCAGCACCGACUGGACGGGAUCGGGUCGGGAUUGGUCUCAGGCAGCGGGCAACAGGCAUACUCGCUAUCGCAGCUAUAAGUUCUAUGAUGACUCGCAAAACAAUUUGGAAGAGGAAGAACCUCCUGUGGAGGAGCCGCUGCCCAUGGAGCAGGUGGAGUUGCCACAACAGCUGGCCCAGCAGGGUAAUCAAACGAUAUCGGAGGCCCAGCAGCCAUCGAGUGCAACUGCCACUGCCGCCACAGCUCGCAAAGGUCUGGGCAUGGUCAACUCGCAUUCCCAUGAUGUGGGUGUCGGAGGUCUGGGCCUGAAUCUUAAAGCCAGUGAAGAGGAGGAUGACGAGAACAUCGACCGAACGGUUCGCAUGUAUAAUUUGUCGAAGAAGUGCUGCAAGAAUUACUAUCGCCAUGCCUUGGAGACUGGACCCGGUGCCAGUGGCAAGGUCAAGUGCAGCAAUCUGCGCUCUGAGAGCCACAAAUCCAGCUCCAGUUCGGAGGAGAGCCUCCAGAAGAUACCCUCGCCCAUUGAGUUCCUCACUUGCUUUCUGGUGAAGAAGUCCCGCACCCCAAAGGGUAAUGUCCCAGUGGGACAGCCCCUGAAGAAGACAUAGAACACGGCCCGGCUGCUGCCAGCAGCAUUGUCCGCCAGGACCUCCACCAUCAGCUCCACGGCCACCAGUGGAGCCGUGACCAAUGCGACCACGGAUUCGGAUACGACCACAUCGAAGCGGCGAAGCAAUUGCUUCUGAAUGUUGGCCGGAGUCGGAGUCGUUUGUGGCCAGGCCUGGAGUUGGCUUCAGAGGUGCGGGGAGCUACCAAGCUCCGAGCCCGCCUCGUUGCCCUCCACACGUCUGGGCAGGAUUGCCUAUUAGGCCCACUCGUCCGACUCCGAUUCGCAGUCAGGGGUAUAGAUAUGUGUAUUAUGAUUUGGCAGUGGGUAACCUCUGGCUUGACUAAUGAAAUUAAUGGAAUUUAUUGAAGAAGAUAUGGAGGGGUUAGCGAUUUCGAUUUGCACUGGAAAAACCUUUGGAUUGGAGAUGAUAAUAGGGAAUUUUUCAGACAUUUUUUUAAUCGAUUCAACAUCAAACAUUUUUAUCUGUCUAUCAAACAUACAUAUUCCCUUUAAGCCCUAUUUAAGGCAGAUUUUUAAGUGCAAACAUUCCCUAACCACAUUUUGCAAGCAACUACAGGCCAAAAGCAAAUCAAAGCUUAAAGCAAAAAGUAAAAUAACAAAAAAUUAUACAUAAAUGUAUAAUGAAAACGAAAAAAUAGUAUUUAAAUAAAGAAAAACUAUUCAAGCUACACCGGAAAACUUUUGCAAACCAAACACACACAAUUUUUAAAGCCAGAUUUAUACGAAAUUAAGAAGGAUACCAAGAAUUUGUUAAGCAAACAUUUUUUAUACAAUUUUUUGAUACCAAGCAAACGAUAUAACUUAUAUACGGAUAUUAUAUUAAUACUGGGAAAGUUUAAUUCAAACAAGGAAGGGAAAUUCGAGCUGAACCAAAACCUUUUCGGCAAACUUAUGAUUCCAUUUUAUUUUUAAGUAAGUUUUCAACCAAGAAUGUAGAUUACUUUCAGGGAAACUUUUAUAAGAAAAAAAAAAACCUAUUGCCAUUUUACUUAUUGAUUUCAUAUUGGAAAUUUUCCUAUUUUUAGACCAACUUUAAGGUAAUGGUUGAGCUGGAAAUUCCUCAGAAUUUUAUAAAAGCUGUUAGCUGUUUUAAGCCAAAUAAAUUGCGGGCUAAUUUAAUAGGUCUUCUGACACACACACACACACACAAAUACACCAAUAGCAAUGUUUCAUUUUCACACAAACACGGGAAAGUUUAGCUUUCUCCUAUUUUUCCACAGCCAACUGAAAAAUGUUGGCAAAAAAGAAGGAAAUUUCCAGCAAAGCUGGGAGAACUUUGCACAAUAUCAGCAAGUGUUUUUGGCCUAAAGGUGGGUGGCGGGUAGUGAAAAGGCCCUAUGAAAAGUGAAACAUGUUUUCAAUUUCCUUUUUUCGGGGGACUGUAAACAAGUCAAUAGCAAACUACGGCUAAGGACAAACACACAGAAGACCUUGGUCCCAAUUUCAAAUUAGUGGAAAAGCAAAACGGAAAGAAGAAAGAUUUUCCAACAGAAUUGUAAACGGAAAACUUUGGCGCGGGGCUUGUGUCUAGUUAAAAGGAUAUAAUAGAAAGA